ACAGAAACUACUCAUGAAAGGACACGUAUCAAAGCGACCAUUAGAUCUUUCGGGAUGCAACUUACAUGGAGUGAGGAGAUACACACCUAAAAACAUGUAUCAAUAUAAAAUGAUUUUUAUACCAGUCUGCGACAUGACACAUUGGUGGCUAGUGGUCUUUGAAGUUUUCACAAGUCGUUUAUACGUGUUGUGCAGCAUGGGUUGGAAGAAUAAAACUGUUGCUUCAAACAUAAGAAGGUAUCUCCAACACAUAAAAGAAGAGCAACAAUGGCCAGACCACAUGGGAAGCAUUUCAGAGCCUAUUUAUGCGGAUGUUGCAAGGCAAAAAAAUGGUCACGAUUGCGGCGUAUAUUUGUUAGAGUUUGCAAGAGUAAUAAUAAAGGAGGGAUGCAUCAACUCAUCGAUAGAAAAUAUAAACAGUGAGGGAAGACGUACGCAGCUAAAAGAGCUUCUUCAGUCCCUGUAACAGUCGACCUGUUUACACACAAUGAAAAACAGGCGUUAUAUAAAUGGUCAAUGCUCGGCACAUUUGUUCAAUUACUUCUUCAUAUAAACUCUGAUUGUGUCAUGAGGUGCAACAUUACUACUACAUAGAAUAAUCGUGGAGUAAAUAUAUAUACUUAAUAACUAAUGAGUACCAGCAUUAUCCAUUGACGUUGAAAAGCUAUAAUAUCGUGCGAGUUAUGAUUUCAACAUUUUAAAAAUUGAUUUCAUUCAUUUUCAUAUCCAAAAUUUUUCAUUAUGCUAUAAAUGCGAAAAAUAUGAAGCUGUUUGAGGACAAAAUGUUACAGCUAUACGUUACGCAGACAUGUCAUAAAUAUGACGUAUUUUCUUUAAAAUGAUGAAUUUAGAAAAAUAUUUCAACUGUUACUUAGACUUUUUUUGUUUGUUCCAAAGUGUUAGCAUUUCGUUUCAACAUGGUUCCCAAUUAAAUAAUACUGGUUUUCAAAUACUA